UUCAAGCUUCAGCGACCGCCUCAAUGUGAAGUACAGGCUACACAUUAUCGACACGACCAACAACAAAGAAUAUGAUCUCAUUUUCCCUGGUUCCAAGACAGUUUUAGAGGUGAAAUUAGGGUUACGUGACGUCACAAAUAUUCCAGUCAGAUUCCAGAGGUGGGUAGGUUGGCCAGAAUCUCUCAAAGAUGAAAAUACAAAACUUGCCGCUUUAGAUCUACCCAGUCAAUCUCUGGAGCUCAUUCUCAGUCGAGAAGAAACGACACCCAGGCCUAAAAAAACACAGCUUGUGGUGGAUCUGACGUCUAGCGAAAGUGAGAAUGAGUUUGAGGAUGCAGCAGAAUGUUUUGGUGUGGACGACGACAUGUUCCAAGCCAGUUCCUCUUCACGUAAAAUGCAACACCUAAUGCCUGAUGAAGUGGAAGAUGAAUCAGUCGCCAUCAGUCAUUUCGAAAAAGAAUUCACCAACAGGUACAGUUCUUGUCAUCCCCCUUUUCAAGGCACACUAGCAGAAGCUCUCCAAGCUUCCUGUCACAAGCCAGCAAAAGAGAGGCGCCCACUGGCCAUCUACCUCCACCAUGACGCAAGUGUCUUGACGAAUGUGUUCUGCACACAGCUUCUCUGCUCGGACACAGCGGCUUCUUACCUGACGUUGAACUUUGUCACCUGGGCAUGGGACUUAACCUGCGAGUCCAACAAAACAUUUUUGUUAGCCAUCCUCUCUCAAAAUCUGGGAAUGGCUGCGGCAAAUACGGUGAGGAGCAUAGCUCUAAAUAACUUACCAGCAUUAGUCAUCAUCACCAAAGUCAGAUCCACACCAGAAGUCUUGACGGUAAUACCUGGCAACGUCGGUUUAGAUGAUUUGAUGACACGUCUGAUUCAUGCAGUCGAAGUCUUCAAUAGUGAAAUGCAGUCAGAAAUCUGGGAAGAGGAAGAAAGGGAAGCCAGAGAAAAUGUUAAAAGAGAACAAGACGCUGCUUACGAAGCUUCACUGCUGGCAGAUCGGGCAAAAGAGGAAGCAAGACGCCAAGAGUUUGAAGAGCAGCAAAAGAAGGAGGAAGAAGAGCAACAAAAAAAGCAUAAAGAAGAAGAAAUGCGACAGCAGGAAGAAGCUUUCAAAGAUGCUGUGCGCAGGUCGCUGGCCGAACAGCUGCCCCCAGAGCCCGGGGAUGGGCCUGUGAGCCAGAUCCGGGUUCGCCUGCCAACCGGGGACACGAUAGGGCGGAGCUUCUCCCUGGAAACGCCCCUUUCCUUGCUGCUCACCUACAUCGCCUCCCAAGGGUACCCGCCGGAGGAGUACAAGGUGCUCGCCUCAUGGCCCAGGAGAGACCUCACCAGCCUAGAAGAGCACAAGACUUUAGAAGAACUGAAACUAUAUCCCAAAGAGACACUGACCCUGGAGGCCAGAUGAAGCGCCUCCUCUGAGAGAGAAGCUAAGUUAUACAUAAAUAUAUAUACCUGUGAUACCCGCUCUGCGACACGGCAUUCACUUCCACCGAGGUCUUCGGAUUCUGACUUCGAGUUUAAAUUAUUCUGCAUGAAUUAGUUCAAAAAAAAAAGCGUACUGUAUGCAUUACUUUUUAAAAUAUUAACCAUGCGUCAUUUAAUAAAAAAUUCUUCAUAGCUGUUUCUUUUGAAUCUGUUGUAAAGUGCAAUGCUGACCUAAUAAAAUGGAAAUAUA